AGCAGCCAAAGUCUCUCUAUGGUAGAGUCUCAGUGAGGUCCAACUAUUUUGUCCUUAAUUUCUACAGACAAACGUCUGUUCAGUUUAUUUCCUCAAGGGAAGAGAGAACUCGGAACUGAAUUUCUCAACCAGGCUGGGUAGCAGGAGCCUGCACCCAGCUCUGCCAGCCCUGUUCAGGCUCCGGCACAGGACGCUCUGCAGGGCUGGACGCAGGCAGGGGCACAGGGGAAAUGCCACCAUGGCCACGACGUAAGCCUGGAUGUUCCCUAAGCCGAGUGAGAGGAUAUGAACCCACUUGCUCCAGGAGUGCCGACCCGUCCAAGCACGACCUCUCAUUUCUUGAAACCAGCUGUAAACAGAGAUAGGGAGGGGCUGCUGCGUCUGCCAAGGGAGGCAGAAACUUUGUGAGUUACUAGCAGAAAACAAGUGGUGGCCUCCACAGGCACGAGCGUGCGGCAGGCUCUCCCACACGCACCCACAAGUCCACGCCGCCUGGCCACUGGGGAGGCGGCAGUGGGGUUUCCAGAGACACAACAGGUCCUUCUGGUUUGCAGUGGCUGCCUCGGCCUUGCCAUGCUGCCUGCUGCCGGUGUCUGGAAUCCACGCCGCCAAGGAACGUGGGACAUGAGAUAAAGAGCUGCAGAGCCUGGGGGAGGCUGCCAUGUGGAGUUGCAGCCUGCUCAAUGGCACGGGUCAGGGCGAGGAGCAGCUGUGCCAGGAUCUGCGCCUCGGGCUGUGGGUCCUCUCUAUGCUCCACCUGGUGGUAGGCGUCCCCAUUGGCCUGGGCUACAACGCCCUGCUGGUGCUGGCCAACCUGAGCAACAAGAGCAGCAUGACCAUGCCGGACGUGUACUUCGUGAACAUGGCCGUGGCGGGCCUGGUGCUCACGGCCCUCGCACCCGUGCACCUGCUGGGCCCCCCCUACUCCAGGUGGGCGCUGUGGAGCCUCAGCAGUGAGGCACAUGUGACCCUGCUGAUCCUGUUCAAUGUGGCCUCCCUGGUCACCAUGUACUCCACCGCCCUGCUCAGCCUUGAUUACUACAUCGAGCGGGCCCUGCCGCGCACCUACAUGGCCAGCGUCUACAACACGCGGCAUGUGUGUGGCUUCGUCUGGGGUGGGGCGCUGCUGACCAGCUUCUCCUCCCUGCUCUUCUACAUCUGCAGCCAUGUGUCCUCCCGGAUCACGGAGUGCGCCAAGAUGCAGAACACAGAGGCUGCUGAUGCCCUCCUCGUGCUCAUUGGCUACAUGGUGCCGGGCCUGGCUGUGCUGUAUGCCCUGGUGCUCAUCUCACGGAUCCGGAAGGAGGACACGCCCCUGGACCAGGAAGCAGGCAGGCUGGACCCCUCGGUGCACAGGCUUCUGGUAGCCACCGUGUGCACACAGUUUGGGCUCUGGACGCCAUACUAUCUGAGUCUCCUGGGGCACAUGGUGCUGGUCUCACGAGGGAGGCCCGUGGAUGGGCACUUCCUGGGGAUCCUGCACUUUGCUAAGGACUUAUCCAAGUUCUUGGCCUUCUUGAGCAGCUCUGUGACGCCGCUUCUCUACCGCUACAUCAACAAAAACUUUCCCAGCAAAGUCCGGCGGCUGAUAAAGAAAAUGCACUGUGGGCAGCGGCGCUGCUCCCUGGACCCCGCAGGAGUACAGCAGGUGAUGGCGCAGGCCUAGGCGAGAGGGUGCCGCAGGCCCAGCCCUGGAGACCAGCUGACCCAAGGAAACUGAAGUUCAACUGAAUGCACAGCACUUUGUUACCUGGAAUGCCAGGCACUUCCCCAGAAAGAGACACUGACACAGGGAUGGCACAGGCUAUUUUUAAGUUUUCUGUUUUUCCCCAAAAGACCAAUCUUGGCCCAAGGUCAUGCUGUGGAAAGCAGCAGGGGCCCCGUGUGAAACAGGCGCCUCUCAGCUCACCUCAGCUUCUGACCUUGUGCACCUGUCCUGAAGAUGCAGGUCACAUCCUCCUUCAACUGACCUUCAGCCUCCACGCCAGCUUUCCAAACAAGGUGAUAAAAACCUGAAGCCAGUGUUCACACCCCCUCCUUUUUGUAUAAAAAGAGAUGUUUCAUAGAAAAUGACAAGUUAUCAAGAUGAAGGAAACAGGGCUGGAGUUGCAGCUCAGUGGUAGAGCGCUGGCCUGGCACGUGUGAGGCCCUGGGUUCAAUACUCACACUGCAUAUGAGUAAAUAAAAUAAAAGAUCCAUUGACAAAUUAAAAAAAAAAGAUGAAGGAAACAAUGCAAAGGAAUGCAGACGCUCUGGCAGGAGGACAGCACGCUCAGGCCACACAGGAGUCACUCAAGGUGUCAGAUGUGGCUGGUUUUAACAGGGACAAGUCAGGAGUGCUGGGCUGCCUGAUGACCCUACCCUCAUGGAUAACAGCAGCUUAUUUUUUUCAGUAUAGAUCUGUCCUUCCAAUCAACUCCCCAAAGUGUGCACAAAAUGAAAUAAACAGAAGAGAACACUUAGGAUUUCUAACUACAAAGCUGAAGGGCCUCCCUGGGGCAGAGGUCUGGGGACCAGCAGAAGUGUCAGCAAGGCACAGAAGGGCAGGAAGCUGGUUCCCCACAGUGACCAAGGACAGUAAAGUGGCCCUGACUAGUCUGCUUCAUGCAGAGCAGGACGUGGAUGUCAGCCGUGUGGCAGUACAGGUGAGGCAUCUACCCUCCCAGGUCAGGACCAGAAGGGUCCGCAGCCCAGGCCAGUCACACCUCAUCAGCCUCACUGGGACCUCUUACGUCUCCACGUGCGCUAGACAUCUACUUUAAAAUGUGGUGUGGGAAGAAGCCCUGCUGCUGUGCACCGACUCCAGUCCCCUCGGUUCAAUUACAGGCCCACAGUCACCUAAUCCCCAAUUCUGAGACCCAGGAAGCUCUGCAAACAGGACAGUUGCCGUCAAGUGAUCACCUGAAGGGAUGCAAGGCACUCGGGCCUUGCCCCCACUUCUGCAGAAAGGCUGGCAUGAUGGGGGUGCUGCCCCAGCCCCAGCCUUCUGUAAUAGCGAUUUAGACAUGGGCUUCUCUCUGACAGCCUGGGAACACCUGCCUGAAGAUCAGGGAGCCUGGCUGCACUGUGAGGCCUUCAUAUGUGGGCCUCAAGCGCUUGCCCCAGUCUCUUGGGAAAUUCAGCCACGAGGUAGUUGCUUAUUUUAUUUAUUACAUGCAAACUACAUCUCCUCAAAUUGCGACCUGCUUCAGUUGGUUUGCCUUGUGAAGAAUCAUGGAAAUACACUGGAUACUCAGCUUGGUCUGGCCCCAGCGGCUCGGCUGUGAGGUGUUUGGCGAGCUCUGCAGGGCCUAGUUCCUUAUUCAUAAACCACAGGGCUCAAGAGGAGGACAGUUUUCUGGGUUGUUUUAACUGAAAGUUUCAUUUUAAGGUCUGCCAGGGUCUCAGUCAAGCCUUCAAGGCCAUGCCUAACUGUCCCUCCCUCCUUGGGCACAGAGCAGUCAGGCUUCCUUCCUUUCCCAUCCUGACUCACCUUCCCAACCCACCGCUCCACUGAACACCCUAAUGUUUGCUAAAGAAAUGGCCCCAACCCCACAGACUCUGGCCUGGCCUGGCCUGCAGGGGGCGCUGGCCGCUUUGGAAAUGUCUAACUGUCUUGGAGUGAGCAGACUCAGGGGCCAAGGUCAAGCCAAGGGCAGCUUGGCUUUUUGGGUUAGUUCAGGAAACAGAAGCCAGAUGGAGAGGGCUGUUGUUGAGGGGGUGUUCUUGUGUAAAAGACCCUCUUCCUCGCUUAUGCUUUCUACACCUGGGAAGGAACAGACCCCACCCCAGCACAGACCAGGAGGGGCGCGACCUCUGCCCACCUGGAAAUCUCCAUCCAACUGCUCUUCCCCAAACAAAGCAGCCAGGGCCCCGGAAUCACAUUUUUUCUUUUCAGUUUGUCAGUGGCUUUGGGUGCAAACUGGCCAAGUUCUGGGGGUCUAGAUCCUGGGCUCCACAACUGGCAUGAAUUUCAGUCACACCUGCCCUCCUGAGAUGGACUCAGGGGACACCUAGCAGCCGGGUCAUAUCUCUUGGCAGAGCCACACACAAGGCAAGUGACCCCCACUGACUGAGCCCCUUCACGGGGUGGUGUCUUGUCCAUCCUGCCCCUGCCCUGGCCUUAGCCUGCUCCCUGUGCUGCCUCCUACUCUCCGGCCUUCCCCUGGCUUCCGCUCCAACAUGCUGCUCAGCCCACUUGUCCGCGGCACCUGCUCAUCUGUGUUCCUGCGCUAAAAUCCAUUCUGGAGGAUCCGGCAAGGGCUUAUGUCUCUCUUACUUCCCUGUAUGUUUGAUUCUCAAUUCUGCCAUGUUGCCAAAAAAUUUUAAAAAUGAAGAAAAAAAAAAAAAAGGAAGAGGAAGGAAUUUGAACUACUCAGAGGAGAAUAAAAA